GAGCUGAUUAUUAUUGCCACUUUGAAAUAAUUAUUAAAUUACAAAAUGAACGUUAUUAUUACUGCACUAGCAAUUUGCACUGUGUGUGCUUUUCCGGGCGUCCAUUGCACAUCUAUGGGGCUCGAAGAAAGACUUGAGUUUAUGGAACAGCAGGUGAAAAUACUCCAAGAAAAAGAUAUUGUCCAAGGGGAGUCAAUGGCAAAACUGCACGAGACUGUCAACGACCAGUCUUCUAAAAUAGCAAGAUUGGAACAGAACGAUAUUCAACAGCGACGCAAGAUCGCCUAUCUUGAAACUACACUGACCAAUAAUUUAAAACAAAAAAGAUUUGUAAUGGACGGAACCGAAGGACCUGUCGCGUUUACUGCUCUCAAAAUGAAUACUCAAUCCAACAUGGCAAAUGGCAAGACUAUCAUUUUCGAAAAAGCUGUUCUGAACGUGGGGAAUGCCUAUGACCCACCUACAAGCGUUUUUACCAGUCCCCAGACCGGAAUCUACCUUUUCUCGUCGACUCUGGUCAACAGACCUCAGAAUAUCUCGCUGCACGCACAGAUAGUGACGGAUGGUCAAAAGGUAGCCAUGAUUCACUGCUCGGAUGAGACCACGUACGACCAGGGAAGCCAGACGGUCGUUAUUCAAGUAAAUGCUGGCCAACGCGUCUGGAUCAAAACCGUCGACUACCAAAACGAAAUUGUCCACGGCGACGCAUAUUCUACGUUCGCCGGAUACCUGCUUUGGCCGUUGUAAUUUCAGGAAAUAAAUACAUUUACUAUGUACAUUCGAGAUAGUGAAGUAAAAAAACUUUCUAUGCUAA